GUGCUAUGUCUGCCGGGGUUUCCAUAAACGUUCGGAUUGCCCAAGGGUUGUGAACAGUCAUGCUAAUUCCGCGCAAGCAGUAAACACAGCGAUGUCACAAAAAGUGACAAAUGUAGCGGACGGUCAGGUUCGAAUCCGUCCCGAAAUUGUUUACCCAGCGCUGUCCGCU